AUGACUAUUGGUCAGAUGUUUACCAAGCUUGAUGAUCUCAAACCCUUCAAGUCGACCUGGAGAGUGCGUGUCAAAGUCCUACACAGCUGGAGACAAUACGUUGGCCAGGCCGGUGAGACGAUGGAGUUUGUCUUGGCUGAUGAACAUGGUGGAAAAAUACAUGCUGCAGCGAAGAAGAAGGACAUAGGCAGGAUCUCCAAGGAUUUGAAAGUUGGCGAAUGGAGAGUCCUUGACAAUUUCCAGGUUGCUCAUGCAACGGGUCAGUUCCGUCCUACAAACAGCAAAUGGAAGAUGACGAUGACAUUGAACACGAAAGUAAGCACCUGCUCGGUUAAAAACGACAGCCAGUUUCUUGAACUGAUUCCUAUUCGGACUAUUAUGGAUGGUGGUCUGAACCACUGCAUACUCAUCGAUUUCAUUGGUCAAGUACUCAACGUCCAGGAGAUCCAAACUGUACCUGUCCAAGGGAAGGAAAACACUAAUCACGAAGUAUUGGAUAAUGCAGUGAUGAACGUGUUAACGCGGAUGCCUCUGGGAGUCUUAUGCUGA